AUGCCUGUCCCAACCGCCGAGCUCUUCGACAAGCAAAACGAAGCAAAUGACACAAGCUCUACUACAAAUGGACACUCGCAUUCCUCCACGGAACAAGGUUCGAAUGCGACCUACUUCACAUCUACCAGUGCGCCCGCUUCGUCCGAUUCGUCGGCGCAGAAUGGAGAGGGUGGUCGUGCUUUGACGCGCGAGGAAGCGGAUCGCUUGUAUGAGGAGCGCAUGGAGGAGGAAUAUGCUAAGAGGGAUGGUGGUGCUUGA